AUGGGUGUUUUGGGAAAGAAAAGAAAAUCACUUGUGUUUGAUAUGCAUCCUCUUCUCCUAGUUCAAGACGAUGUGAGGUUUGACCUUUCAAGUGUUUUCUACUGCAAGUUGUGUAUAACUUUGAAGGGUAUAAAGGUUGAUGAUCUCGAGACGAAUCAUUUUGUUCUUGUUCAUGGAGGUGGUUUUGGUGCGUGGUGUUGGUACAAAACUAUAGCACUUCUAGAAGAAGCUGGUUAUAAAGUAUCCGCCAUAGAUUUAACCGGUUCUGGAGUUCAUUCAUUUGAUACAAACAACAUAAAGAGCCUCUCACAAUAUGUGAAGCCACUUACUGACUUUGUUGAAAAACUUCCUGAAGGAGAAAAGGUAAUCUUGGUUGGACAUGAUUUUGGCGGGGCAUGUAUAUCGUAUGCGAUGGAGCUGUUUCCUCAUAAGGUUUCCAAGGCUGUGUUUAUUGCUGCGGCAAUGCUAACAAGCGGACAAAGUACUCUCGAUAUCAUUUCUCAAAAGGAAGGUUCAGAUGAUCUUAUGCAACAAGCACAAAUUUUUCUCUAUGCAAAUGGGAAUGAUCAUCCUCCCACUGCUUUCGAUCUUGACAAGUCGUUGUUGAGGGAUUUGUUAUUCAAUCAAAGUCCUGCCAAAGAUGUUGCAUUAGCAUCUGUUUCGAUGAGGCCAACUCCAUUUGCACCGGUUUUAGAGAAACUUUCCCUUUCCGACCUCAAAUAUGGUAUCGUACGGCGAUUCUACAUAGAAACUCUUGAAGACAAUGCCAUAACCAUCACUCUCCAGGAAGCCAUGAUAAAUGCAAGCCCUCCAGAAAAGGUUUUUCGUUUGAAAGGCGCGGAUCAUUCUCCCUUUUUCUCGAAGCCUCAAGCCCUGCACAAGUUACUUGUAGAAAUCUCAAAGAUCCUUUGAUGAUAACAUUCAUCUACAUAAGUUGUUUGUGAAGCCAAAUCCACACCAAAAGCUCCAAUAACAUCAUAUAGGAAUGUGUUAUUGUGUGCAAGUUACAGGUUUCAUUCUUCUUUUCCAUUGUUUUUUUAUUUAAUUCUUUUUGAGUUAAAAACCUGUAACUUGUAAAAGAUAGUACUUGCAACAUAAAAUCCAUGGUAUAUUGCUGAGUA